CUCGUCGUCGCCGCGCGCAAACUCGCGCUCGACGUUCGAGGGAACGAUCGAUAAGCCAUCGCCAGCCACCGACUCGUCGCGUCGAAAGUCGUACGGUGCGCGCACUGCAUGGCGACCACGUCGACGACUGCGGCCGGUCCGGAGUAUCCUUAAUGUCAGACGCGAGCCUCCUCUCGGCCUCGAUUUUGUUUACCGUGCCCUCGCGUAAACAGCGGACCGCCGUGCAACACGAGAGUUAUGAGGCCCCGUUUCCUACCAGCUAUCGUCAUCCUGAUCCUGAUCGAGGCACCAGACCGUGGUGACAGCAUAUCGUCCGACAAAGUGGGAACAUGGGCGAAACAGCUGGGAUUCGAGCUGUCGCAGUUGGGCAAGUUCGUGACCAACGUGGAGAAGUUCACCGAGAGUUACAAACAGGCAGCGGUGAAGCCACGUGAUGGUACUUAUCUAGUCCACGAGAUCGCUAAAGACAUCAAGGCCAUGAUGGAAUCUAAAAUAUCAGCUAUCAAGAGAAUCAUGGACGUCGCGGAAACGUCGGCGUUGUCCGCUCCAGACGCCGACCCCCCGGAGUCCUUCGUGUUCAUCAACGCAAAGAACAACACGAUCGACUUGAAACAGAGCGCCCACUUCGGUGGCCAAGUGAAUCUGAACAUGUCGGCGGUGCACGUGCCGACGAACGUCUAUGACCGGGCGUCGAACGUGAUCAGAGCGAUCAAAUGGUCCGAGGAGCUGGACAAAACUUUCAUCAACAACUACGAGCAAGAUCCCUCGCUGUCUUGGCAGUAUUUCGGUAGCGCGACCGGUUUUAUGAGGCAGUACCCGGCGAUGAACUGGGUCAUGGAGCCCGUAGACUUGUUCGACUGUAGAACCAGAAGUUGGUACAUCGAGGCGGCUACCAGUCCAAAGGACGUGCUUAUCCUAAUCGACACCUCCGGUAGUAUGACCGGGAUUCGCAGGGAAAUCGCCAGACACGUGGUGAACAACAUACUGGACACUCUUGGCAACAACGAUUUCGUCAACAUCAUCACGUUCUCCAAUGUCACGAAAGAGGUGGUGCCGUGUUUCAACGACACCCUGGUCCAAGCCAACUUGGCGAACGUGAGAGAACUGAAGAGGGCGAUCCUGAAUCUCGACACGGAGAAGAUCGCGAAUUUCUCGCUGGCCUUGACCACCGCGUUCGAGCUCCUCGAGAGCUAUCGAAUGGAGAGGGAAGGGGCCAGGUGCAACCAGGCGAUCAUGCUGAUAACAGACGGCGUCCCUUACAAUUACAAAGAGAUCUUCGAAACUUACAACUGGAGAGACAAUCCCAACGAGCCGUUUAAAGCCGACAUGCCAGUCAGAAUGUUCACUUACUUGAUCGGGAGGGAGGUAGCGGACGUGAAGGAGGUCCAAUGGAUGGCCUGUGCCAACAGAGGUUAUUUCGUGCAUCUCUGCACUUUGGCCGAAGUCAGAGAGGAGGUCCUUAAAUAUGUUCCUGUAAUGGCGAGGCCGUUGGUCCUCGGUCGUACGGAUCAUCCGACGAUCUGGACUCCGGUCUACGCCGACGUGACCGAUCCAAAGAUGACUGAUUGGUGGUGGGAGCAGAGGGAGAGCGAGGAACAGAAGCAGAGGUUCCUCAGGCUUCACGGAAGGAGGAAGCUCAAUACCGAGGAACGAGAUCGCAGGUUCGUGCAAAAGCAGAAGAAAUCGCACGACCAGAGCGGCGAUCUCGUGGAAUAUCGACUAAUGACAUCGGUUAGCAUGCCGGUGUUUGACCGACGAGAGAACGCGAACAUCACAAGGCAGGUGCUGGUGAACGAAGCAUACUGGGUGACAGAGACAAGAGAGACACGAAUCGCUGAUCUGCUCGGUGUCGCCGGCACAGAUGUUCCUAUCGAAGAGAUACAGAAGCUCAUGAUGCCACAUUUGCUCGGUGUCAAUGGAUACGCGUUCAUUGUGACGAACAACGGUUUCAUUCUGAUUCAUCCUGAUCUCCGACCAGUGUUUCAAGGCAUUCUGAAGCCGGCGUACAAUAGCGUCGACAUGGCAGAAGUCGAGUUGAUGGAUCAGGAUAAAGAACCCAGGGAGUUCGACGAAGGAAUCAUUAUGCUUCGAAAUGACGUGGUUAAUCAAGUAAACGGUAGCGUGACACUGCACACGAAAUAUCAUUACGACGAUAUGAAACGUGUUGGUAGGAUAAAGAGAAAAUACGACUACACGGGCAUACCAAAGACGCCGUUCACAGUGGUGGUUAGUCUGCCGGAACACGAACACACUGGAAAUUACCGCGUGCACGCAACCGAGGAAAUACAUCGUUCGCACGUUAGUGGCAAGAACGUGUCUGAUUACUUCACUGGUACAAACUGGCGGGUGCAUCCACAUUGGUUGUACUGCAAGUAUCACUACGAGGAUGAGCGAUCGUUCAAUAGCUCGGAAGAGCAGCUCCUGCACUUUCUGGAGCGGACCCGCCAGCCAGGCUGGAGAUGGAACGACAUGAAACAGCCAUCUCAGCCGCCGGAAUAUUCAGCCACGAAUUCCGGUAACGACACUCACCGCAAAUCAAAGCCCACGCCAUACAAAGCGGACAAAGACAGCUAUUACUGCGACAGGGAUCUUCUACUGAGUCUGGUGUUUGACGCAAAGGUAACCCAAUGGUUUGCGAAUCCCAGAACUGCACGCGAAGAGACAGGACCUUUAGCUAGGCUGAUGAAUCUGCUGCCCAGGAAAGAUUUCCAACAACGUUUCGGCGUAACGCUCGCCUUCAUGGCUACUCACAGUGGCCUGACAAGAUGGAAGGACUUCUUGCCAAACGAGGAGAAACCUGACCAGGACGACCACUUCAGUAAAAUGUAUCCGAGAGCCAUCGACGAAGUGUGGUACAAGCGUGCUGUGGAGCAGCACUACGUGAACUCGGACAGCUUUGUCUUCUCUGUGCCAAUCGACGAGGAAGGGGCGGACAACACCACCCUUGUCACCGCUAGCCGUGCCAUUUUUAUUGGAACUGAGAAAGAAAAGGCACCGGCUGCGGUCGUAGGUUUUCAGUUCCAACAUACCGCUCUUCAGGCUCUCUUCCAGAACAUCACAUCCAGCUGCAAAGGAGACGAGAAGUGCACAGACUGCGCUGCUGAUAAUUGGGCCUGCUACUUAAUCGACGACAAUGGAUACGUGAUCGCAGCCGAAGAUAGGUCUGACGCUGGACAGUUCUUCGGUGAGCUGCGUGGGCCAAUUAUGUCCAGUUUGGUGAAGGAAGGUGUGUUCGAAAAAAUCAGAAUAUUUGACUAUCAGGCAGUCUGUUUCAAGAGUACGCAAACUAGCAACGACGGAAGCAUUUUAUUGACGCCAUGGAAACACGCGCAGCAGAUGGUUUCGUGGCUGGUCGGGCAAGCGGCCUGGGCCUGGGCUAAAGCUGGAAUUUGGGAAUCCGAGUACGCAGAGGCAUACGCUUACCCGAACGACGAUGAAGGCAUGCACGAAGACUAUCCGGAAAACGGGGAGAAACCGCCAGUGGAUCCUAAAGAUGAAAAGCUAUUCGACCAAAAGGUUUUGAUCAAUCGAACACGACCGGAAGCUUGUGACCAAGAGGUGUAUCUGUACUUGCGAAACGCGUCCUUCAACCUGUCUUACAUAGAGUUAGGCGUAAACACGAAGUGUAGAUACAUCGUGCAGCCGGUCGAGUAUAGCAACAUGAUCCUUCUGGUUGUUAACACCGACGACGGUUGCGAACAGACGAUGCCCCAUUUGACCAUCACUCCAGAAGAAAUAAUUUACGAGAACAACUCGCUGGUAUGCCAGAAGGCGCUCACCACCUUGAAACGAAAGAGACCUCAAUCCUGUAUUCGUAGCCACUCAAGGGAGAGCGAGAUUAAAGAUCUUUGCGGCUUGGCUUCGAGCAUGGCACCGAAUGUCUACCUCUUUUUCCUUUCGUCGAUGAUCUAUACUCUGAUUCAACGAGUCGUUUUUGGUUGAUCCUAACGAAUCGGUUUCAUUGAAACGGAUUCGUUAAGAUGACAAGAGCAAGAUAGGAGACGAUUGAAAUUUCAAGUUAGACUAAAUUAACGCGCUGCUGACUUUUCCUUUUCGACGAGACGGUUAUUUUCACGACGGUCGUUCACACUGUGCAGUAUGAUAGACGUCAUUAGAAAAUUCGCAGAAACGUAUUAUCUUUGCCAACCAAUUUUGAAUGAAAGAGAAACAUAUUGAACGAAGGAAAAGUACAAUUCGAGAUAAUUCGUUAUGAGUCGAUAUUAUUAUUAUUAUUAUUGUUAUUAUUACGGCCGAUAUUGUUUUUCCGUUUUUUAUAGUUAUCGCGAUUAUCAAGAUGUUCUAGCAUUUAUAGCAACGCUGUAUAGGGAGGGAUUCUCCAAGUCCUGGUGCUGUCUCCUUGGAUGGUACUUUGACGAUGGUGCAGGCAGGGUCUGCAUCUACACGCUAAUUGGUCCAAUCAUCAAUGUACCUCGAGGAUUAUACUAUGUCACGGGAUCAGGGUUCACAGGAUUUAAAUAGGAUGUAUACCCGUGAGUCGGUGCCGAACUAGUCCUAAAGAACAAUCUUACUGCCCGGAACACAAUGCGGUAUUUGUUUCGUAUACGCCCCUGCUCUGUCUCUUUUUUUUUUUUUCAUUCUUGUUGAUUCGAUUCUGUUCGUUAGACUUCGACGAUUAGAUUAUAACGAUUGAUAACGACAGACAAUAUUGAUCUGUAAAGGAUAAGUUGAAACUCUGUUGGUCGUCUUUCCACUUGACCAAAAAUUCUCGUAGGAUUUACAGCGCUUAUUCUUUGUCUGUACGAUUGGAACGAAAACGGGAAACACUAACAAAUGGACAUAAUCAAAAUUUUAUAAAUCCACGUAGAUCCACGGAUAGGCAACAAAGAAGAAAUAAUCAAAAAUAUACCUUCUUAUAACGGAAUGAAGAGUCACGUGUAGAAAUACCAAAUGAGGAAACAUAAAAUGCACUGUACAUUCAAACCGCUGUUGCUACCAUUGGUUCUACGAAUCGCACACUCGACCAAUCCACGCGUAGGAAGGAAAUUCUAGAACAGCCGGAACAUACAUGACGCGUUUGAAAUCUAGAUUUAAAGUGCAGCGCAAAGGAGGAAGUUAAUUCAAACGAGAAACGCUUGUAGGUGGAGGAUGCACCUACAUCUCGUGGGAUAAUCGGUUAAAGGAAGUUGCAACGAAAUGAUAGAGUCUCAUUUAUCACGAACUUAAUUCACCAUGGUCACUGACGUUAAUUUUUGGAAUAUUAAACCAUAGUAAAAUUUUAUAGGAAACUGUAUGUACGUAGGAGCAGGGCCGUAUACAAAAGUCACACGUUCAUGAUAUUAUGAAACACGUUCACGUACACACAUACAAAUAUUUUGCGCUUUAUACAUUAACCGAUGUAAAACGUGUCGUUUGAUAUUUAUAGAGAUUAUGAAUAUUAAUUUUGUAUAUUAAUGUAUUAUACGAGAGUUACAAGGAUGUGUGCCUUUGGACACGCGGUUUAUGAAACAAAACGAAACAAAAGUAAAAGACAAGAAAGAGAAGAAAAACUUGUUGUAUGUUUUUCAAAUAAACAACUGAACUCUCUACUUCAAUAGCUCUCUGCUUCCUCCGAGCGAAACAGAAAGGCUUUAUUGAUAGGAGACGUGGCGAGUUUUCAUCCGAAAAACAAAUGAUGUUACUUGUAUUACACAGAGUUUAUUACAAUUUGCUAUGUACAAUGGCUUGCCUAUGUAAAAUGAAAAUCGUUUCUUAUCAAACUGGCAGAAAUUGAA